AUGAAUGGAAAAUCUCUUCAUGAUUACCCAUUAAUGCCACUUGCAACAGCUACUGAGUAUUUUGAUACCAGAAAUCAUUUUAUAUUGCAAGAAUUAAAUUUUGACAGAGAAACAUGUCAGAGAGAAGCGAUUAGGUUGCUAGAAUCACUAACAGAUGAGCAGAAGAACAUAUUCAACCAAGUAAUGAAAGCAACAAACCAUCCUACUGAUGGGUUCUUCUUUGUGUAUGGUUUUGGAGGGACUGGAAAAACUUUCGUAUGGAAUGCACUAACAGCAUCGAUUAGGGCACGAGGAGGAGUAGUGAUUAAUGUGGCUUCAAGUGGAAUAGCUGCAACUUUACUACCUUCAGGCAGAACUGCACAUUCAAGAUUUGCAAUUCCAAUUGAUAUUAAUGAAGAUUCCAUGCGCAACAUAUCCCAAAGUUCACCACUGAGUGAGCUUAUCAGGUGUGCCAAAUUGAUUAUUUGGGAUGAAGCCCCAAUGGUGAAACGUUUUUGUGCAUAA